AUGAUGUUAAAUAAAACUGUGAAGGAAAAGACGAAACCAAAACGCCAAGCACAAGCACACAAACCUAUUCUUAUCCAAAAAGGCACUCCUCUGCCCAACAAUGGAACAUGCAAACACUAUGGCAAGAGUUACCGUUGGCUGAAAUUCCCCUGUUGCCAACGCGCCUUUCCCUGUGACACCUGUCAUGACAUAGAAGUGGCUGGUACUCAUGAAACUCUACGUGCCAAUCGUACAAUCUGCGGUUUCUGCUCCACCGAGCAACCCUGUCAAAGUGGUUCUGGGGGAGUUGUUUGUGUGUCCUGUGGAAAGAGUAUGAUCGCUUCAUCCUCAGGUAGUCACUGGGAAGGCGGACGGGGAUGUCGUGAUCCGAUCAAAAUGUCGCGAAAAGAUAACCGCAAACGUCGUUUAAAAUAA